CAAACUUCCCAGAGUUCUUCUCGGUCGUCUAGCAUUUAAGAUGGCGGCCGAGGUUGGAAGUUUAGAAGAGGAAGCAAUUAAACGAAAAGAACGCCUCAAAGCAUUGAAAACUAAGAGAGGAUCGGCCACUGAUGAAGAAUCAAGAAAAAGGCCAGCUGACAAGUCCAGUGAUCCAGUAAGGGUUAUCAAAUUCCGUAACUAUGUACCCAAAGAUGAUGAGUUAAAAAACAAGAAAGUCCCUGAUGCUAAACCUUUGUCAGUUGAGGAGGAAGUGAAAGACCAUUUAGAAAAAGCAAAGUCUGAUAAAGUUAUUGAGGAAGUGGAUCUAACAAACCUUGCUCCCAGGAAACCUGAUUGGGAUCUUAAAAGAGAUGUUGCGAAGAAAUUAGAAAAAUUAGAAAGAAGGACCCAAAGUGCCAUAGUAGAGAUAAUAAGAGACAGACUCCAGGAAGGCAAGGAGAAGGAAGACCUGGCAGCUGCCGUGAAUGCUGCUGCUGCUGCUGAACAGGGCUACCAAUAGGGAGUUAUACAGUCAGACCCUGUAAAGACGGGCACUUCAGAUGCUCACAAGUCUGUCCUGAAUAAUGGGGUUUAAGGUGGGACCCUGUAAAGAAGAGCAGUCAUGAUGCUCACAAUUCUGUCCUUAAUAAUAGAGUGCCCUUAUUACAGCAAGGAGGUUACAAUUGACACAGAAUAUUGUAUAUUGUAUUGAGUUGCUGUGAGUUUUGCUGCUGCUGAACAGUACACCCAAUAGGGACCUGGUUAUUCAGUGGAAACCUGUUCAAAAGGGCACAGUUUGGGCCUAUUAAUCUCCCCUCUAUAAUGUGAUGUCCUUAUCAAGGAGAUUAAAAUUUAUGCAAGAUGAUUGGGAGCUAUAAAAAAAUGACAUAUCUAAUAGGUGUCCUUAUAGCAGGGUUCCUCUGCAUGUCCAAUACAGCCAAGGUUGGAAAACUAUGGGUGGUUAAGAUAAAGAUGUAGGAGAUCGGGGCAAGAUUGGUGAUAUCUUGAUAAGAGCUCCUGGUAACCAUGUUUAUUAGUAUUGCAAUGUUUUUUUUUUCAUUUUAUCAGUCCCACAUCAAGCUUUAAGUUUCUUUGUUCUACAUUUAGGCGAAAAACCUUUCCUUAGCUUUAACAGGUCAUGUGGGUUUCUUUAGGCUAGUGUUUCACAACUCCGUAUGAAUGAGUCUCCUGUGCACCCAUCCUUAUUGUCAGACUCUAAUCCCUCCAGACAAGAGAGAGACUAGUGACAGCUGAACAGGAGACUAAGUAAACCAUGGCCCACAGAAAACACAUGGUCUACAGUAGCACUUUAACUAUGAUGUACAGAAGUAAGAAGCAACUCAUUCUUAUCAGGUGUCAUAAAUUGAGACCAUUGUGCUGUAUAUAAUGUAAAGUGUAAUAAAGAUCUUAUAGAAUUUG